UUUCAAGUACAAGGUACUUUUGUAAAAGCAUGUUAUACUUUUUUAUCUUCUCAUCCGAGGGUAGACCCUGAGUUUCCAAUACACGUCUCAUUUCACUGUCGAGCUCAUCUGCAGCCUUGUCUCUGAUGGUUGGUCGAUAAGCAUUUGCGUGUGUUUCCUGUAAGCGUUUGAUCUGGUCAGUCUACCUUUAUUUUUGGUGUUGGCUGUGCUGGACUUUGUGAUCAAGCGUAUAACUAACACAAAAUGGCAGUCUUGAACUCCAGGAUAAAUUCCCAAUGUGGUCAAUUCACUUUGAAACGUCAUCUAUGCACUUUGUUUUUUCACCACACUGUGAUCCUACUCCUUCUGACAGAUAUAAGGACAGGUCAGUCUGAGACAGUAACAUCAUCUCAAACAAUAAUCACAGUAGUUGGUGAGGAUGUCAUCUUACCAUGCUACCUUGACUCUGCGUCAGACGCUGUUUCUAAGAGUCUGGAGUGGGGGAGACCUGACCUGGAUCCCAGAUUUGUCCAUGUGUGGUUUGAGGGUCAAGACCAUCUGGUUAAUCAAAACCCAUCUUACAGAGGAAGGACAUCACUGUCCACUGAGAAACUGAAGCAGGGAGACCUUUCACUGAAACUCACUAGAGUCAAACACUCUGAUAAUGGCAGAUACAGAUGCUUUUUUCCCUCAGAGUCCAAAGAAUCUACCGUUGAACUUCUUGUUGGUUCACUUUCCUUACCUACAGUAGCAGAAGUCAACAUAAACAGGAGUGCAGUCGCUUUACAGUGCAAGUCUGCAGGCUGGUAUCCAGAGCCUGAGCUGCUGUGGAUAGACAGUGAUGGAAACAGCCACUCUGCUGGACCUACAGAGACCCUCAGAGGUCCUGAUGACCUCUAUACUGUCAGCAGCAGAGUGACUGUGGAGAAGAGACACAGAUGCAUGUUUCAGGUGAUUGUGUUGCAGUUCCACCUUCUUCUGCCCUCCGUGUCAGUCUUAUUUUGGCAGUUUUUCUCAUUUGUACUUGUACAACAGUCAUUGUUCUGUGGAUAUGGAGACAAAACAAAAUCAAAGAGAAAAAGAGGCAAACUGAGGAUGAAGCUGAGGAGAAAGAGGAAGAGCAGCUGUUGGCAGAAAACAAGAAGUCUGAAGAACUACAGCGGAAAGAGGAAGAGCUGAAAGACCCGGAGGAGCUGGUUAAUAUACUGAUUGAACAGGAAAACGAACUGAAGAAAGUGAAAAAUGAACUCAAACAACAAAGGGAUAUGGUGGAUGGUGAGGUGGAGGAUAUUGAAAACAAGCUUCAGUCAGUGGAUAAGAACACAGAAAGUGACAGAGCAAAGGGAUACAUGGAUCUGAAAGAAAUAAUAACAGAAAGCAAAGACAAAUUACUAAAGAAAAAAGAAGCAAAUUCAGAGCUGCAAACACACAUUGAAAACCGUCUGCUUAGAACGCAGCACAUAUAUGAUAAAAUGACCCAAAGAAAACCGGAAGUCGAGAAACAACUGGCAGAGUUACAGAAACAGAAAGAUGAGAUUAAGAAGACACUUAAUUUAGAGCAAAAUCAGGAAACUUUAAACAUUUAGAAAAAAUCUCAAACCUCAUGUAGAGAGGUUUGAAAAGUACUUCUUGUAUCUGCUGAUGGUACGUACCGCCAGCCUGUCCUUCCAUGAUGGCUCAUCUCAUCCCCUUCUCCCCUUCUUUCUCAGGUGUCUGCUACCUGAGGUAUUCACUAAGCACAUCAUCUGUUGUGGCCAUCUUCCUGACGUCCUCAUGGAUGUUUGUUGUCUCAUCCUGGACGGUGGUUCUGACACUCAUUAAUGCACGGUCACCUUUCUUUGCUUUAGCGUACAGACUCAGGGUGAUGGAUUUGGGGUGAAUCAGAAUUAGAAUAGUUUAUUAAUCCUUAAUUAAACUAUGUGUGUACACCUUCUCCAAGAUAAUAAGAACAGUAACAGACUGAAAUUAAAUAAUACAAUAUAUAACAAAGUUACAAAAUAUAAGAAAUAGCUCUAAUAUAUACAAAUAUACAGAUUAUAAAUAUCCAGAACAUUACAGGGAUUAAAUAUGUAUGGUUUUACUCUAAACUGUAAAGUGUAACUGAAACCCCAUGCAUGGUAAAGAGCUUCCUUGUCUUGAUGUCAGUGGCUUUUAUCUCUGCCUUUGGCCAGAUUAUUAUCCCACGAGGGUGCCUGAUCAUGGGUGAGAUACAGUGUGUAGGUGUUGAUUGCCUGGAUCUUCUUCUUCCUAUUCAGCUGACUCUUCAGGUCUUACCUGACUCUCUGCAGGUAUUUCACUGUUACAGCUUUCCUGGCAGCAUCUUUGAGGUUCCCAUGUGUAUGGGCUCAAAUUGUGGUCAUAAAUAUUUUGUACUUGUUAAUCAGAAUGUGUAGUUGUGAGUUUUGUAACCUUCAAAUGAAAAUAUAUGAAAAUAUGAUGUUUUUGCAUCUAUAAAUUAGAAUUUGUGUGUG